CGCUAAAAGAUGUAUAUUUAUUUCAGCAAGUACAAUUGCUUUUUACAUGAUCUAAUGAAACUAAUGGCAUUUUAUGACUGCAAAAAAGUGAUUAUCAUAUGUAUACUUCUCUUGUUGCAAUUCUUUUUACACCUUGCGUUUUCAGAAACCAAGAUUUCAGAUAAUAUACUGGUUAAGUAUCUCGACGCUUUUUUUUUCUUUGUUUCUAUACUUGAUAUUUGGCUAUUACAUUAUAACAAGUGAUUUGAUCUCUAAUGCUAUCACAAAGUCAACUACGUGUCAAUUCAUUUUCAGUCUAUGAAUUUGUCCAAUCAAAUGGACUAGUCCAUAUUCUUGCAUGUUUUUUUCUCUUAUUCUCUAUGGAUACUCGAAUCAAAAAGUUUUCGCUCAAUAGUGAAUGGGUGGAAACACCCAAACUUAGACAAAAAAUAGCAAUUGAAAGAAAGGCGACCUCAGUUCCUGCUACACCUAUCAACACAAAUAACUUUGAUAUUUUAUCACCACCCCCUUCAUCUUCUAUCAAAAAGAAAAAGAAAAGAAAGAGAACAUCUCAUUUACAAGCAGGCAAAUCGCCUUUAUCAAACGAGAUCACAGACUGGGAUGCAUCUCAAACAGUGCCUACACAACAACUGGAAGGAUUACGCAUCACAAACAUCGCAGAUGAAUCCUUAACUUCUUCUUCGCCGUCCUCGUCCUCGUCUUCUUUAAACCAGAUAUCCUUUUUGGACUAUCUCAAAGAUGAAUUGACAGUGGCUGAUUUUGAUAGUACUCAAGAAUUGAAACGAGAAAGAAUUACCAAUUUCUUAGCUGUGCCUGGAGCCAUUGAAAAGUUAAUGGGAUUUGGGUUCUUUGUCUGUCUGGAUUCGUUUUUAUAUACCUUUACUAUCCUUCCUUUUAGAUUCUGCUUAGCAUUUUAUCAUUAUAUCAUGUAUAUAUUGCACAACAUUCAAGCCUUGUUGGGUCGACGACAAGAAUUUGUUAGGUUAAGGUCUUCACAGAAAUGUGAUUUAUUGAAGGGAUUCUUGAUUAUUAUCACUUGUAUCAUUAUGUGUAGUUUUGAUCCUUCUCGUAUUUAUCACUCCAUUCGUGGACAAGCAGUCUUGAAGCUUUAUGUAGUUUUUAAUGUAUUGGAAAUAUGCGAUAAACUAUGUUGUUCUGUGGGUGUGGAUAUCUUGGACGCUUUGUUUUCAAAAUCUACAUUGGGUCGGCCUGAGCAAGGGAUGGGAAAUGCUGCUUAUGCUAAAAGACAAUUGAAGCCUAUCACUCUGUUUAUUUUAGCAGCAGGCUACAUGACUGUCCACACAAUGGUAUUGUUCUUUCAAAUGAUUACCUUGAAUGUGGCCAUCAACUUUUAUUCCAAUGCGUUGUUGUCUUUAUUAAUUUCAAAUCAGUUUGUCGAAAUUAAAGCUUCUGUCUUUAAGCGAUUUGAAAAAGAAAACUUGUUCCAAUUAACUUGUGCAGAUGUAGUAGAACGCUUUCAACAGUGUGCCUUCUUAUUUAUCAUUACUUUGCGCAAUGUGAUUGAGCUGUCUGAAUCUGGUCCUUCUUCUAUUUUACCUUCUACCUUUGUUCCCCUGUUUAAGUUACCUGCUUCAACUUCACUCAAUACACUCAUGACACCUGUCUUGAUGGUGAUUGCAUCUGAGUUGAUGGUCGAUUGGCUCAAACAUGCUUUUAUCACAAAAUUUAAUCAGAUCCGUCCUAGUAUUUAUGGUAAAUACAUUGAUGUGCUCUGUAAGGAUCUUGUGAUUGGUAGUCCUGGUCGAAUGAGUGGUAAGCACCAUGCCUUUGUGGAUCAAUCACCUGUAGUGUCUCGACGUAUUGGAUUCCCUGUCUUGCCAUUAGCCUGCUUGCAUGUACGCAUGAUGCAACAAAUUUUGCCCAUGAUCUUUAUGUCACAAAGUACACAGACAGCUAAUACAAAUGCUAUGGCUUCCAUGAUUGCUACAAGUGUAUUGAAUUAUUUGAUGAAUCAUCAAAACCUAUUGAACCAAGUCUUACCUACUCAAGUGCAUAUGUUACUGGUUUCUAUGGCCAAAUCCGGCUGGCUUCAACAUGGACUAGACCAAUUGUUUCGAUUUAUCAUAUGGGCACUUGUGGUAGUCAUUUUGGCCAUCAUAUUGUUAGCACUCAAAGUAGUAGUGGGUGUAAAUCUAUUAGGAUUUGCUUAUAAAAGGUACUCAAGUAUGGAACAAAGAAAUCAAAGAGAGCGUGAAAAGGAAAAAGAAAUGAAAGAAAUGAGUAAAGAUGAAGCAGAAUACAAUGCAUCCAUUCGAGAAUAUCUCAGUAAACCAGAAGACCAUGUUAUGGGCGGGAAAACAACCAAGUAUACACUGGAUAAUGUGGACCGAUUCUCUAUGGUAAAAAGUAGAAUUCCUUAAGAAGAAUAAAGUAUUGUACUACAGCCUCUUGUGAGAAUUCAAGUAGAUAAUUAUACUUGCCUGCAAAACACACUUUAAAACUGCAAUGCACAGCUUAUGUUAACAUAUUAUGCUAUCUCUUCUACACUAUUACAAGCGCUCUGUCAUUCUAAAUAAGCAUCAUAAUGGUCUUCCGACAAAUGGCAGGUUCCAGAAGGAAAACAAAAGUCAGCAAUCCAAUAGGAAGAGAGAUAUUGUAGUCCUAGUUUUCCCUAUUAUGUGUUCUUUAUUUCUCUUUAGUGUGUUUUUUAAGGCUAAAAAACGGAUCAAGUAGCAGAUUUUUACUUUUGAGACCACGUCACUUCAGCUUUAGAAAACCACCCGAGAAUUU